AUGGAAGAAAAUGAAGGUGGGGGGUUGGGGGAUGGCCAUAGGAAUGAAGCUAUUCCAGCUGUUGCGGAUGAUGGGUUUCUUGUUGAAAUAGAAGAAGAAGAAGAAGAUGAUGAUGAUUGUGGGGAUCUUUAUAACAAUAUCAAUGUUGGAGAGAAUUUUCUUCAGUCAGUUCGGAAGAAUGAGGAGGAAGAGAAGGCGGUUGAGCUGCGUCAGGAGACUGGCAAUGCUGCUGUGACGGCUGCAAUUGUAGCGUCUAGGAUUUCAAGUGGAGUUGAUGGGUCUAGGGAUAUGGCAGUUAGGGGGAAUGAAAUGAGAGAUAGAGAUUUGGCACCGGCAGCAAGAUUAGAGACUUCUGUUGCUGGUGGGAUAAAGAUUGAGUGUAGUGAUCCGUCGGGUAAGAUGGAUGAUUUAGCGAAGAAUGCUAGCAGUAAUAUUGUGAAUCGAGAGAUAAUUCAAAGGCCUACUGCUGCUAGUGCUAAUGUUUUAGGAAAUGCUAGGAAUGUUGGGAAUUCAGGGAACGGUAAUAUGGUUAGACGAGGAAUGGUUAGUGGGAAUGCAAUGGGUAGUAUGGGCAGUUCCAGUGCCUUAGGUGGAGGAGACGGUAGUGGAGGGACGAUUUUAUUUGUUGGUAAUCUGCAUUGGUGGACAACAGAUGCUCAAGUGGAGUUAGAGUUAAGCAGAUAUGGAACUGUGGAGGAUGUUAAGUUUUUUGAUGAAAUAGCUUCUGGGAAGUCGAAUGGAUAUUGUUGGGCUGAGUUUUCUAAACCUGCAGCUGCCAUGGCAUGUAGGGAAGGGAUGGAUGGACAUUAUUUCAAUGGGCGGGCCUGUGUGGUCAGAUUUGCUUCACCAUCUUCGCUAAAGAGCUUGGAAGAGGGACGGACGAAUCGAAUUAAUCUGUACUAUAGUCUAAGUCAGACCGCUUCAGUGAAUCGAAUUAAUCGGUACAAUGCUACUGUUGGUAAUUUUCAAGAUGGUGGGAAUUUAGGCAGAGCAGGUCCUCAGAUGAUGGGGGUUAGGGGCCCACUUGGUCCUAAGAGAAAUAGGGUUGAUGGCGUUGUAGGAAGAGAGCUUAUGGGGAAUGCUGGAGGUGGACUCAGACAAGGUAUAGGUGCUGCGUCUUCAUUGAUUCAUCCUCAAACAAUGAUGGGUCAAGGCUUUUAUUCUGCUUUCAGAGGGCCUAUGGGGAGAAUAGGUGGUUAUGGAGGAUUCUCUGGUGGUCUAACUCUACCUUUUUCAGGUAGGUUGACUCCAUUUCCACCUGCACAUUUUAGGAGAGGAAUGCCCAUGAAUAGUAUAGGAAUGAUGCCUCGUGCUGGUAUGGAGGGACCUAAUAUGGGCAGAUGGACUGGAGAUGAGCAUGGCUACAGGGCAGGAGAGUCAAGUAAUGUGGCAGAAUCUGAUUAUCAGUAUGGAGAAGAAAGCCGUGAUAGGGGCACUUGGCCUAGUAACAGAGAAAAUGAUAGGCCUGAUUCUUCAGACAGAAGAUAUAUAGACAACAGAGAACCUUCAGGGCGUGAUGAUGAUUGGCAAGAAAGGAGACGCCAAGAUGAUAGAGAUGUUGAAAGCUCUAGAGGCCGUGACCAUGACCCUGCGAGGCAUCAAGAUAGGGAACACAAGCGUGGUCAUCAUAGGGAUGAUAAUGCUGAUCGUCAUAGGCACAGGGACCGAGAGAAAGAACAUGAUGAUGAACAGGACAGAGGAAGAUCAUCAAGUACACAGGCCAAAUCACAGUCAAAAUCAAAGGGGAAGGCCCCCAUGAUCUGA